AUGGCAAGUGGCAUCGCUCAACUCAAACAUGCCUUUGGUUUCCGAACUGGCAUAAAUAAUGCAUUGGCAUUUAAAGAUGAACAAAAUCUUCUGUAUCCUUGCGGAGCAAAUCUUGUUUUGUAUAACAUCGAUCACAAAACCCAAAAAUUUAUAAGUGGUUUGGAAAAAUCUGAUGGAAUGACGUCAAUGGCCAUGAGCCCCAAUCGAAGAUAUGUGGCUCUGGCAGAAAAAACGGAAGAAAGACCACUUAUUAUCAUAUACGAUCUUAAUUCGCUUAAAAGACGAAAGACUUUGUACGACCCGGAGCUUCAGAGCGACGAAUUCAUAAGCAUACAUUUUUCCCCGGAUUCAAUGCAUCUAAUUUCCCAAGGAGGCGCGCCUGAUUGGAAGCUAUCCUAUUGGAUUUGGCAGAAAAACAAAAUUAUAGCGUUUACAACAACCUCUUUGGGCAACCCCAUCCACGAAGUGUCCAUAAAUCCUAACGAUAGUACACAAAUGUGCGUUACAGGAAAAGAUAAUUUUAAAGUUUACGGGCUUAAUGAUGGAGUUAUAAAACAAAUUGGCCUUAGCAAAAUUGAUCCACAACACUUCUUAUGUCACGCAUGGAUAAACGAGGAACAACUAGCUGUUGGAACAGCCAAAGGAACGUGGAUAUUAAUAACUAAUGGGGAACCUAUCGAAGAGCACGACAUGAAGGUAAAUAUACUCAAAGAAGGUGAACAGUUUGAGGAUAAUCAGCAGGAGCUGGAAGAAGAAAGUCAAUUAAUCACAAUGGAAAGUGCAACUGCAAUUGUGGCAACAUCAAAAUAUAUUUUUGUUGCAUGUGGUCCAGGAUUGGUACACUGCUUCGAGAAAGAGGUGGGGCCGACCAAGAAGGUGCGUACCAAACAACAGAAGAAUAAUAAUGUGCACUUCCCCACUCAAAUAUACCGGCGAACCAAAGAAAUACGCAUCCCGGCCAAUCCAAAUAGCAGCUCAGAUACCGGUUCAUCUAGUCAGCAGAUGGUAUCAAAACUCGUCAUAAGCCCAUCAGAGGAGACGUUGAUUGCCAGCACAACCUCUCAUCAACUUUAUCUCUACAUACUAGUGUCUCCUGACAUGGGCAUGAGUGGGAAACACGAAGUCGGCAAUCUACUUAGGAAAAAAGACCAAGGAGGAAAUAAAAAAGCUGGAGCUUCCAAAGCAGCAAAUGAAGAGGCUGAACAACCUUGUGAAAUAGACCACUUUGAGCUGCUGGCGCAGGCUUUUCACGAAGACCGCAUCUUAGGUUUGGAUUGCUGCGUUCGGAAGCCAUUAAUUGCAACAUGCGCUGCCGACAGAACAGUGCGCAUCUGGAAUUUCGAAACAAAGCAUCUAGAUCUCUACAAGGAAUUUGCCGAAGAAGCCUACAGCAUUGCUCUUCAUCCAAACGGCCUACACGUUCUCGUGGGAUUUAGUGACAAACUGCGUCUAAUGAAUUUGCUCUUUAAGGACAUUCGUCCCUUCAAGGAGUUUCCAAUUCGGGGCUGCAAAGAGUGUGCUUUCAGUAGAGGUGGAGCACUGUUUGCAGCAGUGCACGGAAACACCAUCCAAAUAUAUUCCUUCAUGGAGUAUACAAAUUUGCACAAUCUGAAGGCUCACAAUGGGAAAAUCCGCUGUCUUCUCUGGACUAACGAAGAUCAAAAGCUCAUUUCGUGCGGUAUGGACGGUGCUGUUUAUGAGUGGGACGCAGUCAGUGGCUGCAAGAUUCCAUCAACAAAGGCAAUUAAUAUUGAUGAUCAGGCAGCCAUACUCAAACCGCGCUUCAGGAAAUUCCAGGACUCGAACACUGUUCUUUCGGACCCUGAGUCAACGACUGCUUCAAACCAGCCUCCCUAG